AUGAAUAUUUAUGGUGGACAGUCGCCUAUGUUCUGGGGGAUAAGCGGAGGACAGGAAAGUGGAGUGUGUGGCACUGUCGACAUUGACAUAACCGGCAGAGUUCCCUCAGCCACUGACAGCAGCACCCCGCCGCCACGUCAAGAGGAAGAGCCAGACAGUCAAGAUGAGAAUACAGUGAGCCUGUCUUUGAAUUGGGACCGAGGCAGUGGUAGAGUGGUGGAGGAGGCCGUGCUGGAGAGACGUGAGGGGACGGGAGAUGAAGAGUCUGAGUCAGUGUCAGCAUCAGCUACAGCUGCUGGUCCCAUGUUUUGCACAUCGGUGUCGAGAGGAACAACCAUGUCAAUGGUGCUAGACAAACAAUACAGAAAUCUUGAACUCAAUGAAGCCCUAAACACCUUUAGAUCAAAUCUGCUGAAGAAGUUUGCGUGUCUGUAUGAGGGAACAGCGACGCAGAGAAACCCAAAACUGCUGAAUGAGAUCUACACAGAGCUGUACAUCACAGAGAGUGAGAGUGGAGAGAUCAGUAAUGAGCAUGAGGUGAGACAGAUUGAGACACUAUCCAGGAGAGCAGCAACAGAGGACACAGCCAUCAAAUGCAGUGACAUCUUUAGAGCUUUACCUGGACAAGACAAAGCCAUCAGAACUGUGCUGACAAAGGGAGUCGCUGGCAUUGGAAAAACAGUCUCUGUGCAGAAGUUGAUCCUGGACUGGGCUGAAGGGAAAGAGAAUCAGGACGUCCAGCUCAUAUUUCCACUUCCUUUCAGAGAAAUCAACUUGAUGAAGAACAAAACACUCAGUCUUUCAGAUCUUCUUAAUUUCUUUUUUCCUGAAACUAAAGAAAUGGAAAUAUCCAGUGAUGAAUAUAAAGUUUUGUUCAUCUUUGAUGGUCUGGACGAGUGUCGUCUGUCUCUGGACUUUAAGAGUAAAGUGAAACUGUGUAAUAUAUCUGAAUCAGCCUCAGUGGACGUGCUGCUGGUGAACCUCAUUGUGGGGAAUCUGCUUCCCUCUGCUCUCAUCUGGAUCACCUCCAGACCAGCAGCAGCUGAUCUCGUCCCCUCUGAGUGUGUCCAUCGAGUGACAGAGGUACGAGGCUUCAAUGAGCCACAGAAGGAGGAAUACUUCAGGAAGAGGAUCAGUGAUCAGAGUCUGGCCGAUAGGAUCAUCUCACACCUGAAGUCAUCAAGGAGCCUCUUCAUCAUGUGCCACAUCCCAGUCUUCUGCUGGAUCUCAGCCGCUGUUCUGGAGAAGAUGUUGAGUCGAGCAGAGAGUGGAGAGAUUCCCAAGACUCUCACGCAAAUGUACACACACUUCCUGAUCCUUCAGACCAAUAUCAAACAUCAGAAGGACUAUGAGAAGAAUGUGACAGAUGAAGACAUGAUCCUCAAACUGGGGAAACUGGCUUUCCAGCAGCUUGUGAAAAGAAACCUGAUCUUCUAUGAGGAAGACCUGAGAGAGUGUGACAUUGAUGUGACAGAAGCAUCAGUGUACUCAGGACUGUGCACUCAGAUCUUCAGAGAGGAGUUGGGCUUGUAUCAGGGGAAAGUCUACUGCUUUGUUCAUCUGAGCCUUCAGGAACAUCUAGCAGCUAUAUAUGUGCAUCACUCCUGUACAAUAAAGAACAGAAAUGUAUUUGACCAAACCAAACAGAGUCUUUUUAAUCUGAAGAAAUAUAAUUCACUAUCUGAGCUGCAUCAGAGAGCAUUAAAAAAGGCCUUAAAGAGUGAGAAUGGAUAUCUGGAUCUUUUCCUGCGUUUUCUUCUGGGUCUCUCAGUGGAGUCCAAUCAGACUCUCUUACGAAAACUACUGACACAGACAGGAAGCUGCUCCUACAACAAAGAGAAAACAGUUCAGUCCAUCAAGCAGAAGAUCAGAGAGAAUCGCUCUCCAGAGAAAUCCAUCAAUCUGUUCCACUGUCUGAAUGAACUGGGUGAUGAUACACUGAUGCAGGAGAUCCAAGAUUAUCUGAAAUCUGGAGAAAUAAAACAAACUAAACUCUCCUCUUCACAGUGGUCAGCUCUGAUUUAUGUGUUGCUGACAUCAGAGCAGAAGAUGGAUGUGUUUGAUCUCAAACAGUUUAUUGGAGCACAACAUACAGCAGAUGAAGUUCUUCAGAAUCUGUUUCCUGUGGUUAAAGAAUCCAGAUCAGUUCGGCUAUGUGGAUGUAAUCUCACUUCUCGGUCCUGUGAAAGUUUGUCUUCAGCUCUACUAUCCUCAAACUCUGUCCUGAGAGAACUGGACCUGAGUAACAAUGACCUGAAGGAUUCUGGAGUGAAGCUUCUUUCUGAUGGACUGAAGAGUCCAAACUGUCAGCUGGAGAUUCUGAGAUUGUCUGGCUGUAUGGUGACAGAGAAAGUGUGGAUCAUGGAGGAGAAUCCAGGAUUACAGCAGGACCAAAGAAAUCUCACACUGGAUCCAAACACAGCAAACACUGAACUCAGUCUGUUUGAAGAGAACAGAAAGGUGACACACAUGGAAGAUUCUCAGCUGUAUCCUGAUCAUCCAGACAGAUUUGAUUAUUAUUAUCAGGUGUUGUGUAUAGAGAGUUUGUGUGGACGCUGUUACUGGGAGACUGAGUGGAGUGGACAUGAUGGUGUGGAUAUAUCAGUAUCAUAUAAGAACAUCAGCAGGAAGGGAGCGGGUGAUGAGUGUGUGUUUGGAUGUAAUGAUCUCUCCUGGAGUUUGAUCUGCACUCACUCCACUUACUCAUUCAGACACAAUAACAAAGAGACUCGAAUCCCUGUGAAGCCCAUCAGCAGGAGAAUAGGAGUGUAUGUGGAUCACAGAGCAGGAACUCUGUCCUUCUACACCGUCUCCAGAAACACAAUGAGACAUAUACACACAGUCCAGACCACAUUCACUCAGCCGCUCUAUCCUGGGUUUAGGGUUUAUUAUUAUGGAUCUUCAGUGAAACUGUGUUGAUGAAUCAGAAGAGACUGACGGGAGAUUCUACCCAUAAUGCUUUGAGCUGCAUGAUAAAUCAGUGACAGUGAGAUGUUAUAGAGUCUCUUCAUGACAUUAAUACUGCAGCUGAACUUCUGUCACUGAAAUAACAGUCAGAAUAAAUGUCAGUAAUCCUCAUAUAGACAGUGAGAU